AUGAAGGAAAAGGUAUGUCGAAAAAUGGAAUCCCAGCGUACUGCCGAUCGAGCAUGGGGGACUAGUGGUUACACCUUGAACCUGACGAGCGAAAUUCUGGGCUUGGUCUACGAUUUCGCAACAGCAGAUUGCGAAAGCGUUUCUCGCAACGUGGUUGGCUGGGUGGCUUACGGGAAGCCUGCAGGGAAGGCAGUGACCGUUGUGUCUCUUCUGCUCGCGGCGUGCGCGUCGCUGCGUACCCUCUGGUCCGUCUCGUUACAAGCAUUCUCGUUACAAGCAUCUGAAUCGGAGCCGUUCGCUGAAAGGAGGGUCUACAGCGGCGAGUCGCUGGCGCUAAGGGAGGCAGUUGCCAGCUGGCGGUCGCGAGUGGUGUACCAUGUAUUUGUCGACAGAUUCGCUCCUCCCAAGCCCAUUCUAUCCCAACAACAGUGUGCCACGCUCUCUGACUACUGUGGAGGAACGUUCACAGGGAUGAGGCAGCACUUGCCUUACAUACGAGGGAUGGGCUUUGACGCGCUGCUGAUCGGCCCGGUAACAGUCAACAGCCCCUAUGGAUACCACGGCUACUGGCCUCGCGGAUUCACCAUGCCUCGUGCAGGAGCAGAAGGGGAGGGAGGAAACUUGCAGGCGGCCAUCAACCCCCACCUCGGUACUCCCGAGGAGCUUAAAGCCCUGGUGGAUGCGGCUCAUGCCAUGGGCUUCCUGGUCAUGAUCGAUGUGGUACUCAACCACGUGGGGUGCCCUCAGGGUGGAGGACCAUGUGACACGUGGCAGGAGGGGAUUCGGCCACCACCAUGGCUCAACGACAGCUAUGCUCCCUUCAACGAGAGCACCUCCUUCCAUCCGCCCUGCGAGGUGGAUUUCAGCCAAUACGACGCCGACAACUGGCAGCGCUGCUGGCUAGCUAGCCUCCCAGACUUCAACCAAUCAAACCCCGCUGUUGCCGCAGCACUAGUGCGGUCCACUGCCUAUCUGGUGCACGCGUUCUCAUUCGACGCCAUACGAGUCGAUGCAGCACACCACAUGCCACCCGAGUUUGUCCGCUCCCUCGCCUCCCUCCUCGGAGUGCCAGCCUUUGCAGAGCUCUCCAUCCCCUUGCUGCCACUCCCGCAUCGCCUGCUGGCAGGGAGAGCAUACACGAACCACGCUACAGCCGAGCUACAGCAGGCGCUACAGCUGGCCAUGGUGAGGGCGUUCACAGGCGGCAACACGGGUAUUGAUGGGUUCACGCACAGCCCUGCUGCCGGCUACACUUCUCCUGCUUCCCCUGCUGCCGCCCCUGCUUUCCCAGCCUUCCCUACUUCUGCUUCUGCUUAUGCUGGUGCAACUGCUGCCACCGGUGCUGCCUCAGCUGCUGCUGAUGAUGAUGAUGCUGCUAAUGCUGCUGGUGAUGCAGCCGGUGCCGCUUCUGGCCCCCCCGCUGCUGCUGUGAGGGCAGCAUCUGCGGAAGCAGCGUCUAUGGUUGAGCUUGCGAGGGCCAUGGCAGCAGUGUUUGAGGGAGCUGGGAACGCGGACUUUCAGGGAACCUUCCUCGACAACCACGAUUCGCCCCGCCUGCUGGGCUUGCUGCGCGGAGACCAGCUGUUGCUGCGCAAUGCGUUGGUGCUGCUGCUCACCUCCAGAGGCAUCCCUCUCCUCUACUCGGGCACCGAGCAGGCCUUCAAAGGAGGGCCCGACCCGCAGAACCGCGAGUCGCUGUGGCCCUUCCUCAACAUGCACCACCCUCUCUACGGCUUCCUGGCUGCUGUCAUUCGCUUCCAACAAAAGGUGGCCCUGUGGCAGUACAAGCAGCAGCACAUUCGAUUCGUCUCCUCCCACUUGUUGGUGUUCCAACGCGGGCCGGUGGUCGUUGCGGUUACCAACAGCCAUAGUGAUGCGGAAGUAUACAACACUGUACACGUAACUGGUUUGGAUUACCAGGAAAGCACCACUCUUUGCAAUCAGUUGGCUGAUAAUGAGUGCAUCCGUAUAGUCAACAACGGAGGGUAUAUGCAUUUCUCUGAUAGAAAUCCCAAGGUAUUUUACCCCCUCAAGGCAUAG